AUGUCAGGCGCCGCAGCAAUCGUCGUGCCAGCAAUCAAAAGACACACCUCCACUGUCAUAGUGGCACAUGGUCUUGGUGAUAGCGGCGCAGGAUGGCACUUUCUCGCAGAGGAGUUCCGCAGGAAGUCACACUUCCCAGAAACCAAAUUUGUAUUUCCAAAUGCGCCGAACAUACCAAUCACAGUCAACAUGGGCAUGAAGAUGCCAGGAUGGUAUGACAUCGCAGACUUUGGCGAUCUCGUCGACCGCAGUGAAGACGAAGCCGGCAUCCUUCGCUCUCAGAAAGUCUUCCACACUUUGAUCGAGGAUGAGAUCAAGAGUGGCAUUCCCACAGAACGAAUUGUGCUAGGAGGCUUCAGUCAAGGCGGCGCAAUGAGCUUAAUGGCCGGCAUCACGUCCCCAACGAAGCUUGGUGGCAUCUUCGGUCUCUCCUGCUACCUCCUGUUGCAAGGGAAGGUACGAGACCUGGUUCCAGCAGACUCUCCCAACCAGAAGACGCCUGUCUUCAUGGGUCACGGCGACGCCGAUCCUGUCGUAAGAUAUUCUUGGGGCAAGGCGACAGCUGACAAGCUUAAGGAGUGGGGCUGGGAUGUUGACUUCAGGACAUACAAGAACCUGCCACACAGCGCCGGUCCGCAAGAGAUAGAGGACCUGAGGGAGUACCUGCAGCAACAAAUACCCGACCUUGGCGAGAAGGACAGCGGAAGUCUAUGA